ACAACAGAUUCCAAACAAGAAAAAAAAGGUAAAAAAAAAAAAAAUUACUGGGAAAGAGAGGGAGUGAAAAGGAUGUGAACCUUUCUUUUCUUUCUACUUCAAUAUCAAAUCUAUGUCUUUUUCCAUAGUUUGAACACAACUUCCUUAUUUCCUUCCUUUUUUUCAACGUUUUUUGGGCUCUAAAUCAUAUAGAAACACACAAAAACAUGUUCUUCUCCACCAAAAAUGAUGAUGAUCAUGAUCAUGAUCAUGACCAUUCAUUUCAUCUCCCCAUCUCUUUCUUCCCCUUUCCUUCUCCUUUUGAAGUUGAUGAACAAUAUGAUGAUCAACUUCACAAUUUCACUACUAAUUCUCAGAAGAAUUUUACCAUUCCAAGUCCUGACAACAUUGUUGCCUCAAACAAGAAGGUGGGCAUUGGGAAUUCAGAUCAAAAGAAGCUCAAAAUCCCAAGAAAAAGACUGUCCAAAAAGGACAGACAUAGCAAAAUCACCACAGCUCGAGGGUUAAGAGACCGUAGAAUGAGGCUCUCACUGCCAGUAGCUCGUCAGUUCUUUGGGUUACAAGAUUUGUUGGGUGUUGACAAAGGUAGCAAAACAGUUGAAUGGCUGCUCACUCAAGCCAGCCCUGAAAUUUUGAAACUUGCAAAGCAAAGAAAUUGCAGCCACAUCAUCACUACUACUGUUUGUUCUAAUUCCAAUUCCUCCGAGGCUGACAUGGUGUCUGGAAUUGAUGAAGUUGGCGGCGGAGGAGGAGGACCUAAAAAGAUGAACUCUUGUUCUUUGAAGAGGAAAAGAGACAAACAGCCAAGAAGAACCAUGUGCAAGGAAUUGAGACAAAAGGCCAGGGAACGAGCCAGGGCAAGAACAAUGGAGAAGAAAAAUCAAAUCUUUAAGGAUUGUUCAGAUCACCAUCAUCCAAAUCACAACAAAAUUUCAUCUUGUUCUUGGAGCAGCCCCUUUGAAACUUGUGGGGAAGAAUCAGGAGGUACUCACAGCUACAAUUUCAACCCUUCCAUGGAGGUUGAAAACUUGUGUUCCUUUGAGAUUAUGACAAAAUGGAGCCCAUCAAUUUCCUCUUUAAAUUUUCUUCAACCGCAUGAAUUUGAGGACACUGAUAUGUUUGGAUAAGUUAUAAUCCAACAUGGGGUGGCGGUGUUUCUUAAUUUCCUCAAAAGAAACCUAGGAGGUAUCAAGUGGAAAACAAAUAUUAUUGUUAUUUUGAUAACUUCAUGGUGUGUUGUGUUCUUCACUUUGUGUUCCAAAUUGAUGUAAAACAUAGAAACAUUUCUAUUGUAUUGUGUUUCUUCCUUAUCCA